CGUGAACAGGGUCCUUUCUUCGUCUCUUCAACGAAGGCUAUUACAGUCAGAAAUGUCGUCCGACUUGCUUACCGUCAUCAAAUCUCUCUUUCUCCCAUUUGAAGACCUCAACUACCUUUCCGUUCUGUUGCUGGUCCCAGUACCCAUCUUGUUGGCCCAUGUGAUUCCUUAUCUCAGAGAUCCUUACAACCAACGGAGCAUACCAGGACCGUUGCUUGCACGUUUUUCCGAUGUCUGGCUAGGUUGGGUAGCGAGUCAAGGUCACCGCUCAGACGUUGUACAUCAGUUACACAAAAAAUACGGAACAUUUGUCCGUCUUGCACCAAAUCAUGUCUCUAUCGCCGACCCGGACGCACUGCAAAUUGUAUACGCACAUGGAAACGGCACCCUCAAAUCCAACUUUUAUGACGCCUUCGUCUCCAUUCACCGUGGUUUGUUCAAUACUAGGAACCGCGCUGACCAUGCGCGUAAGCGCAAGAUCGUUUCUCAUGUCUUUUCGCAAAAGAAUGUCUUAGAGUUCGAGCCUUCUAUCCGUCUCUAUGUCGGCCAGUUCAUGAAUCAGUGGGACCGCUUGUUCGACGGAGCCCUGAAAACCCAGUCCGGCUCCGACGGAGAAGGUGGUUGGUUCGGCAAGGGAGGUCGUUUGUGGCUUGAUUGUCUUCCAUGGUACAACUAUCUGGCAUUCGAUAUCAUUGGCGACUUGGCAUUCGGCUCACCGUUCGGAAUGAUCAUAAACGCCAAGGACUCUGCACCUGUUGCUGUCUCCCAGAAAGAUGUCAUGAACUCUUACGGGUCACAGAAUGAGUGUACAUUCGUCGACAUUCCCGCCGUUCAGAUUCUUAAUGAUCGUGGAGAGUUCUCGGCUUCUAUGGGCGCUCUACCUCCCGCGUGGCGACCUUGGGUCCGUCUGCUUCCCUGGUACCGCAAAGGUGGAAUAGCCGUCAAGAAUCUAGCUGGUCUUGCAGUCGCUGCUGUCGCCAAACGUUUUACUACUCCAACGGACCGCGUCGAUCUCUUGAGUAAGCUGCAAGAGGGCCGCGAUGAUGAGGGCAAUCUCAUGGGCAGAGAAGAGCUCACUGCAGAAGCCCUCACUCAGCUUAUUGCCGGUUCCGACACUACUUCCAACUCGUCAUGUGCCAUCACAUAUUACCUCGCCGCCAAUCCUCGUGUUCAAGACAAGCUCCAGAAGGAGCUUGACGAUGCCCUCGGCAGUGAAGAUGAAUAUGUUUCGACGUACGAACAGGUCAAACGUCUACCCUAUCUGGAAGCAGUCAUCAAUGAAGCCUUACGCGUUCAUUCGACAUCUUCCUUGGGUCUUCCUCGUAUCACUCCUGAAGGCGGCUUGACCAUCCGAGAUAUUCACUUCCCCCAAGGCACUAUUCUGAGCGUUCCAAGUUACACGAUUCAUAGGGACACCAAAGUGUGGGGAGAAGAUGCGGAUGUAUUCCGUCCAGAAAGGUGGUUCGAGCGUGAUAAUGCCACUCUGCAAAAAGGCUUCAAUCCGUUUUCCUACGGGCCCAGAGCAUGCGUGGGACGCAACCUUGCGUCUAUGGAACUAUUGAUUAUCAUCUCAUCUAUUCUUCGACGCUACCAGUUUGUCCUGGCUGACCCGGAUAAAGUGUUUGAAACCCGGGAAGGCUUCCUGCGAAAGCCACUGGAGUGCCGGGUGGGAAUCAAGCGUCGGCAGUGAUGAAAACCUUAAGAGCACUCACGAGGCCUCGAGCUUUCAUCACUUCCUCUGCUACUCUUUGUGUCGUUGUUCUGUUAUUUCCUUGUACAAUAUCCUUCAACUGUAGCUGUGAUAGGUGGAUCGGGAUACUUGUACCUUUACGGCGAAUUCCCAAUGUUUCUUAUGGGCCCCUAUGGGCUGAUUCUAUUAUUGUUUUAUCGGUCCAAUCUUACCCUGAAAAGUGGAGUUCCGUGCAUUAAAGGGUGCAGAUCU